AUGGCCUCAUCAUCCACGACGACAUCACAAGCGCUGCUGCUGCCGGGACAGCCGCUCUCGGUUUCAAAGACCACCACGCCCUCGCCCCAGCUCGGACCGGGCACUUAUACCCGCGGCGACCACAUCCUCUCGUCGCUCGUCGGCUACGAGCAGCGCACCGUACCAGCAGCACCAUCCUCGUCGCUCCUCAAGGGAAAGGCAAAAGGCGCAGCAGCUCCUGCCGUUCAGGCCGCCACGCUCUCGGUCCAUGGCGCAGAGAACAGUUUCGUCGUGCCGAGACCAGACAGCAUCGUCAUCGCCCGCGUCACACGAGUGACACCGCGCCAGGCCCACCUCUCGAUCCUCAUCGUCGAUGGCCAGCCGUGCGGCUCCUCAUCCUCGACCUCAUCCGCCUCGAUCGCCACAGGGAGGGGCAACCAUGCGGCCGGAGAGGGAGAGGGUACCGACUUCCAGGGUGUAGUGCGAUCGCAGGAUGUCCGCAACACGGAAAAGGACAAGGUCCGUCUGGGCGACUGCUUCCGACCCGGCGACAUCGUCAGAGCCAGCGUGAUCUCGCUGGGAGAUGCGAGGUCCUACUACCUCUCGACGGCCGCCAACAACCUCGGCGUCAUCUACGCCACCUCUUCCUCAUCCUCGCUCGCAGGGACGCCCGGGGCGGGGGCGGCGGCGGCGAGCGGGCCUGGGUGGGAAGUGACGGGCAACCCGAUGCAGCCCAUUAGCUGGCAGGAACUGGUCGAUCCCAUCACGGGCGUCGUCGAAAAGCGCAAAUGCGCAAAACCCGACGGCAUCUGA